ACGAGAACUUUUCUCGUCAUCUUCGAAGCAAAACUUGAACAGACCCAGACCCAGACCCAGACCCAGACGACCGGCCUCUGUUCUCAUUGUCUGAGCUCCCUGAGUUCUCUCUCUCUCUCUCUGUUCAGUCAUUGAUUGUUGUAUUUUUUGAGGAAGAAGAUGGAAGCAUCCCAAACAUCACAGUCAGUGGCUAAUGCAGUUUCAGAUGAUGAUCAUCCUCAGGCUGGUCCCCAAAACCGGGAGUCCGCUAAUGAUGUCAUAAAUUCAGGACCAACUGCACGGCACUCCAAUCUGUCCUUCCAAAUUCCUUCUAGACCCAUAGGUAUUGGAAGUAGCUGCAGUGGAAAGGGUUUACUCCAGUCUCCAGGAGUCUUCGAUGGAAGUUUAUCACCCGGUGGCUUACUUCAUGUCGGAAUAAGCUUCAAGAAGAAAACUACUACAUUUGAUGUUGAAAGAGGCUCUCUUCUUAACUCAGACCCCAAGAUGGCUCCUGAAAGUCCUGUUUUGGCCAACUUCAUGUCCUCCUUAUCAUGGAAAAGGUGUACCUCUCUUCCUGUGAGACCUGCAUUGAACUCGUCCCCUUCAGUUUCUACAUCUGCCUCAGCAAGGACAUUCGGUGAACAGAAAAAAUCAACUGAAAGGGUAACUGAAGCUACUGUUUCAAGGUCCCUCUCCGCUCCUGGUCGCAAUUUUGUUAUUGUAAGAUCGACACCUUUUGCUGCUGGUGCUGGUAGCCAGCAUCGUCGCGAAACAAACCUCGCUGAGGAUCAAAUACCUCCCGCUCCAGUAGAAAAUGAUAAUCAGGAGAUUCCGGAAGAGGAAGUAGUUUGCAGGAUCUGUUAUGAUGUAUGUGAAGAACGAAAUACCCUCAAGAUGGAAUGCAGCUGUAAGGGUGCCCUCAGACUCGUACAUGAAGAAUGUGCAGUUAAGUGGUUUAGCAUGAAAGGAAACAAAACCUGUGAUGUCUGUGGGCAAGAAGUUGAAAAUUUACCUGUAACUUUGCUUCGAAUGCCAAGUACCAGCCAAGGAGAUGACAUACCAGAACAUAAUCAAGAGAGUUCAAAUUCACAAACAAUAAGUGGCUGGCAAGACAUUGUGGUGCUUGUCUUGAUUAGCACACUAUGCUACUUCUUCUUACUGGAGCAGCUACUGGUCCAUGGCAUGAAAACUCAAGUGAUUGGGAUUGUUGCACCAUUCUCUUUUACAUUGGGCAUGUUGUCUUCCAUUUUCGCAGUCAUCCUAGCAAUCAAGGAGUACCUAUGGACAUACGCGGCUGUUGAAUUUACACUUGUGGCAACGGCUCUCCACUUAUUCUAUACUACACUUCGAUUGCAUGCAAUCUAUGCAAUAAUUCUAUCAGCAGUUUUUGGAUUUGGAGUGGCUAUAGGUCUCAACUCACUGUAUAUUCGAUAUUUCAUCUGGCGAGUUCAAGUUUCCCAAAAUCCUAACCCAGUAUGACAGAACUGCUACCAAUAUGUGCUGCCUAUCCACCUGAAAUAUGUGUUGUAAAUUGUAGGAACAGAGAAGCAAUGGUUAGGGAGAAAAGGAAAUGAGAAUGUAGUAUUUCAAUAUUGCAUGUUUUUCAUCAUUGUAAUAGAUGAUUUUGCUAUAUGUUUGGCAUUAUUUUCCUUUCCA